AUGAUGGUACAAAAUAGAAUCAGAGUUAUUGGAUCUCAAUCAAAUAAGAUCAAUUCAUUAGAAACACCAUCAAUUUCUCCAUCAAAAUUAUGUUUUGAAUAUUGUCGAAAGAAAUGGAAAAAGAUUCUAUUGAUUAUUAGUAUAUCAAUAUUACUAGUCAUUGGAAUUUAUUUUAUCACGAAAAUUGUGGCAAAGAAAAAAUCAGAAAUAUUGAUAACUAUAAUAAGAAAAACGAUGCUCACAACAACUUCAAUAAUUACUUCAACAACUACUGCAACAACUAUUACAACAACACCAAUCAUAAUAUCAGCAUUUGGAAAAUGGACUGAUGAAGGGCGAUUGAAUAUACCUCGACGUGAUCACACAUCAACUGUAUUAUCUGAUGGAAAAGUAUUAGUUACUGGUGGAAGAAGUUUUCAUACCAUUCUGUCUGACUGUGAGUUAUAUGAUCCAUUAAAAAAGCAAUGGACACUCGUCGCAAAAAUGUCUGUUCGAAGAAAAGACCAUACUGCAUCUUUAUUGCCAAAUGGAUUAGUAUUAGUUACUGGAGGAGCAAAUGGUCUCGUAUCUUAUAUAAAUAGUGCUGAAUUGUAUAAUGUAUCAACUGAUGAAUGGAUAUUGACAGGAAAUAUGAAAGAUUCACAUGCUCAUCACACAGCAACUGUCUUAAAGAAUGGAAACGUAUUAGUUGCUGGUGGAAAUCCCUCUAGUGGAGUUUUCAAUACUGCUGCAUUGUUUAAUAUCUGGACAGGUAAUUGGAGACCGACAGGAAGAAUGAUAUGUCAUCAUUCUUCUCAUACAGCAUCUUUAUUAAUGGACGGAAAUGUGCUGAUCACUGGUGGAUCAUCGAGUUGUUUCUCAAAACGUCAGCCUGGUAGUAGUGAAUUAUAUGAUCCAACAACAAAUGGAUGGUCAUUGAUAAACCAAUCGAUUGUUAUCCGCAAACAUCACACAGCAACUGUAUUAACAAAUGGAAAAGUUUUAGUUACGGGUGGCUGUGAUUAUACUUUUAAACAGUUGAACUCUGUUGCAUUAUAUGAUCCAUCCAAGAAGAUGUGGACAUUGGCAAAUAAUAUGAUAUUUCGUCGAUCAGCACAUACUGCAUCUUUAUUAUCAAAUGGAGCAGUCCUAGUCACUGGUGGAAUUGAUGAUGAAAAUUCGGUCCAGAACACAGUGGAGUUGUAUGAUCCAUCAACGAAUAGUUGGUCUUCAAUCCAUUCGAUGAAGAUACAGCGUUCAUCUCAUACAGCAUCCACAUUAAUGGGCGAGCGAGUGUUAGUUAUUGGCGGAAGUGAUUGGGAAGAUGACAAUGCAGAUCUUACAGAACUGUAUAAUUAUUCUUAA